AUGUCUUCGGAAACAUUGCCGAAAUCCUUUGCUGUGCAAGGAUACCCGGUGAACUCUGGCCCGACCCGGAGCAAUAUCCCUGGCGCAAACCACGAUUUCUCUGGCAAAGUGAGAUCUCCGCAACACAUGCUGCAGCCACCCAGCGAUGUCACCAGCAGAGGGACACUUUUCCCCUGCGCAUCGGCACCCAUACCCUUCUCCCCGAUAGUGUCGCGCGUCCAAAUGCUAGCAUCCUUGGAGGAGGCGUGCUGCAGCGAUUCACGAUCCGAUACCAGAGCAGCCGCCACUCCCGUCCCGGAUCUGCGUCAGGCCGCCCAACUUGACGGUGACUUCGAGAUUGCCAACAUUACCAUGGAGACCUUCGAGGUUGCCGCCAACGUUCCUGCUCGAGCUACCGUCCGGGCCGCGGAAGAGCAGCUCUGGUGA